UACGGAAGCCGAGCAGGAGCGAGUCGUUCGGCCGCGGAAGUGUGAGGCUGUGAGGAGCCUGGCGGAGCCUUACAGUGCAGUGGUGCGUUUCUAGCCGCGGGUCCUGUCUCCGCCCUUCUGCACUUGCCCCUACUUGCCGGGCGGAGACGCACCUCCUGAGUCGCCUGGCGGCAUCUUCUGGGUCAGAGGUCUGAGGGAUCUUCCGCGGUGCCCACCCGGCCGGCGGACCUCUCGCGCGUGUGCCCGGCUGGCCCGGGGUCCGGGCUCCACUUCCACGGCGGCUCCCCCAGACGCACCCGCCGCUCCCCGAGCGGACGGCGUCAUGAGAAGCCUGCCGUACUUCUGCCGCGGCCAAGUGGUGCGGGGCUUCGGCCGCGGCUCCAAGCAGCUCGGCAUCUCCACAGCUAACUUUCCUGAACAAGUAGUAGAUAAUCUUCCAGCUGACAUAUCCACUGGCAUUUAUUAUGGCUGGGCCAGUGUUGGAAGUGGAGAUGUUCAUAAGAUGGUGGUGAGCAUCGGAUGGAACCCAUACUACAAGAAUUUGAAAAAAUCCAUGGAAACUCACAUCAUGCAUACCUUCAAAGAGGACUUCUAUGGGGAAAUCCUCAAUGUGGCCAUUGUUGGCUACCUUAGACCAGAAAAGAACUUUGAUUCUUUAGAGUCACUUAUUUCAGCGAUUCAAGGAGAUAUUGAAGAAGCUAAGAAACGACUAGAUUUGCCAGAACAUUUGAAAAUCAAAGAAGACAACUUCUUCCAGGUUUCAAAAGGCAAAAUUAUGAAUGGCCACUGAUGAAAAAUUACCGUAUUUAUUCAUGUGCUGUUUUCUAAUAUUUCACUGUUCUUAAUUAUGAAGUCAUGCCGGGGAUUUAGCUCAGUGGUUCCACCGCCUGCGUUCCAAGCGCAAGGUCCCGAGUUCGAUCCCUGGUACAAAAAAAAAAAAACCACUACAUAAUUAUGAAGUCUUAUCUUAGUUAUAUUUUAAAAGUCAAACAUUUCCCUGUGCUGUGAAUUAGCUUAAAGUAUACAGUAGUGUAGAGUUACCCGACUGUGCUUCAACUGUUAAAUCAUCAUGCUGUGUUUCUAAAAAGCUUCUUUUAAAAAUCAAGAUUCUUCUUUAUGUAAUAUGAACUCCACUAGAAAGAUACUGUCUUAGAAUGGAAAUAAAAUGUACUAUAAGUAUGGGUGAAAAGGCAAGUCAGUAGUUUGAGAGGAAAACUAAUUCUCAUGGUAAGAUACCAGAAUGUAUGUACUUGUGUAGCAUAUGCUGCUGAACAGAGAAGACUUAUGAAAGUCAAUGCCUUAAACAGAAGUUUGAUAAUUUAUUAUAAACCUUAGUAGGAAGGUCCAUGCUGUAUUUUUGAUAUUUUCUACCUUAAUAUAUUAUUACAUACACGAAGAAUUUUGUAAAAUUUGGUUUAACUCAUUUCCCUUAUGAGUUCAGUUCAUUUCGCUGUCACCAUUUUUUGUGUAGAGUUCCCUCAAUUCUAAGUGGCUUAGAUCCCCUCUGCCUAUCAGUUUGUUUAUAAGGCAGUAAAAUGAGUGCUAUUUUAAUUCUGUAGCUCUCAUUUUUUGUGUUGGAUAAUGUUUUCUUAUUAACAGUAGAUAUUCUUGUUCUUCAACAUUUUUCUUGACAUUGGUUUUUUCCUUUUAACAAUUUUAACAGUUUUUUCCAUUUGAAAUAUCGUACAUCUGUACACUUAAAAGAGAUUGCCCUUGUCCCUGCCAUUCCAUUUUUCAUACUAUGUGAGCAGUGAUUAAGUAUGUAUCUGUAUUGCUUUUUUUUUUUUUUUUUUUUUCAGUGCUGGGGAUUAAAUCCAGAGCCUCAUACACUAGGCCAGUGAUGGCAAACCUUUUAGAGGUUUCAGUAAUAACUGACAGCCCGUUUUGGCACACAUGCCAUAGGUUCAUCACCAUUGCAUUAGGACCAAUGCUCUGCCACUGACCUACACUCCAAGCCCGUGUAUUGCAGUUUUAGGAAAAACAAACCUCAUCUUUAGGCUUCCCCUGGAUUUAAAUAAACACAUAGCCUUUCAUUAUAAGUGCUAGUUUCUUAGCACGAAGUGCUUAUUUUUCCCCCUUGGGAAACUGUUUUAAGAGCCAGUUAAACUAUAAAGUAGUUAGCAGGUUAUUUAUUUUUAAUGUGAUUAUAUAUUCCAGAGUAAAUGUAAACUGUUGUACUUAUGUAUGCUCAAUAUAACUUAAUGCUAAUGUGGUGAGUACUUGGGGCUUGAAGGAAAGGUAUAAAUAAAAAUUUAGUUAAAUAGUCUUCACACUUUGCAUUUUCCCUUUUCCUGACUUUUGGCCACUUGAGUGGCCACUUAAGUUUCUUUAGAUACUUCAGGAAAUGAAGGUUACAGAUUGCUUUUUGUCCCCUCAGAUUGUACAGUGAAUCAUUGUUCACUAUGGUAAUAGAUUUGGCAGGGGGACAGGUUGGUGGAGAAAGGUUGAAGUAUAUAGUAGGUAAUUUUUAAAGGUAAUUCAUUUCCCCUAAUUAUUGAUGUUUAAUAAACAUUUAUAAAGUACGUUGAAAAACAUGUAAAGUUACCAGAAAAAAGGGAUGCAUGUAUAAAUUCAGUUAGAUUGCAUUUUACUUUUUUGUUUGUUUGUUUAGUUUCUGUGACAGGGUUUCACUGUGUAGUCCAGGCUGGCCUUGAACUCAGUACCCUAGGCUAGCCUCUAAACUUGUGUUCCUCCUGACUCAGCCUCCUGAGUGCUAGAAUUACAGGCAUGCACCACCACACUCAGCUGCAUUUUGCUUUGUAUUGUAUGAAUUUAUGACAAACAGUGCAGUUUGUGGCUUUUUCAUUUCUUCAUAAAAAUAUUUAGGAUUUUUUUUAAUGAUAGUAAGGAUUCACCUCAGGGGCUUGUGCAUGCUAGCCAAGCACUCUGCCACUGAGUUACACCUUCUCCCCCAUCCCCUACCCUGAAAAUACAGUUUUUGAUGGCAGAAAUCCCAUGUUUGUAAGAAGCCUCAAUUAUCAAUGACUUUAUGAAGCAAAGUUAAAAACAAAUGUGGAAAUGGUAAAGACGUAUUUGUAUUUAGUCUGAGUAGCCUGUUGCUAAUUAUGUUCUCAUUGUGUGGAAGUUCUUUGAUAUCUUGUUACUUUACCUUUCAUUAAAUAGCCAUUACUUUUGAAAAUUAUACAGUAUGUUAUUUAGGAGUUUGUCUGCACUUUUAACAGUUUUAUGUUAAGUGAUUAUGCAUUGUAAGAUGUUAUAGUAGUUCCAAAAAAUAAAAAAGAUGUUAUAGUAGUUCCAUUGUGAUUAGUCUGAAUGUUUUCAGACCUUUAAAUAAAUCUUGACUGAGUGAUUUUUUUUUC